UCGCACAGCCUUAUCCGUUAUUAUCCGAAAAAGGCCCAUACGACUUCAUGUGGCGCCCCUGCCACGACAGCAGAAUGGGGAGGAGGGAUGCGCGCUCUCACUACUCCUGCCGCCACCGCCGCCACGGCCACUGCCAGCACUUUCACCGCCACCGGACUCCGCCUGAGAAACCUACGCUUAUUUGACGGCCCCACCAACAGCACAUUUUCUUCCAACCCAUUUCUUCACCACCAUGGCCACCGCCGCCGCCACCGCCACCGCCAACUAAGAGUCACAAAUGACUCUAAUGGGAUUGAAUUGUCUCGUGAUCCUAUGACUGAAAUAUCAGAGGCUGAUAAGAUUGUUGAUGGCAUGGACUUUGGUGAGCUUUGCAAUGAGUUUGAAUGCAUUAGUAGCCCUUCUGUGGAAUCUACGGCAAGACAACUUGCACGUGAUAUCCUAGAACUCCGAGAAGGCAAUCGUGCUCUUGGGACCUUUGCAGUCUCUGUCAAAUACAAGGAAUUGACCACGGGGAGGAUGAAUGGCGGUGCUAAGGAAAAAGAUGGACUCUAUUAUUUUGACGAUGGACCUAACUUGAGUAAACAAUGUCAAAGUACUUGUGAUCCUUUUAGAAGUUUUACUGGCCGGGAGAAAUACAACAGACCACUAUGGGCAACUAAUGCACUAGAGAAGCCUUUUGUGAGUGUGCAGGAAAUGGUGAUGUUGUCAACCAGCAUUCUGAGUAUAAAGUGGACAAUAAGAGGGAAGCCUAAAUCUUUAAUUGCUCGUAUAGGGGGAGAUUUGGUUGUCAAAGUUAACUCCCAAUUCACCCUAAACCAGAUUAGCGGUCAAGUUAUCAAACAUGAAGAGUUCUGGGAUUUGUCAGCAUCAUCAGUUAUUGCUCAAUUGUAUUUUUGGGCAUCACGUCGUCUUUUUUCCACAGUUGAGACUUGUAAAGACAUAGCUAACUCUAUGAAGAACUUCUCAAGCAGUUUUCAAACUGAGAAAGAGAACUUGGAUAUCUAUCCUGACCCUUCAGUCGAUCCAACAAAGUUCUUUCAGAGGGACGACAACUUUCAGAGAGAUCUAUACCAAAUUGCUCUAUUUAUUGCAAUUAUCUAUUUUGUUGUACAAUACUUGAGGAUAAUCCUGUAAAAGCAAGUCUAGACUAGUGUACAUUUUUCUUUUAAAAUUAUAACUUAACAAGUGUAAAUUGGUAUAUAUUGGUUCAAUGAAUACUACAAUAGGAUAAUACAUAUAUACAUAUAUGUAUAUAUGUAAGAGCCUCUUCCAAAAA